GCCCUAUAUGUAUUGGAUUUCUUCUGGAAUGAGGCGUGGUACCUGAAGACUAUUGAUAUCUGCCACGACCACUUCGGAUGGUAUCUGGGUUGGGGAGACUGUGUGUGGCUGCCAUACCUUUACACACUGCAGGGUCUGUACCUGGUGUACCACCCGGUGCAGCUCUCCAGCGUCCAUGCCCUUGCCGUGCUGUCGCUCGGCCUCGUUGGGUAUUACAUUUUCCGCUCCACCAACCACCAGAAGGAUCUGUUCCGCCGCACCGAGGGCUCCUGCUCCAUCUGGGGCAGUAAGCCAACGUACAUCGAGUGCUCGUACAACUCCGGUGACGGCGGCCUCCACCGCAGCAAACUGAUGACCUCAGGUUUCUGGGGGAUGGCCCGGCACCUCAACUACACCGGGGACCUGAUGGGCUCCCUGGCUUACUGUGCCGCCUGUGGCUUCGGACACAUCCUCCCGUACUUCUACAUCGUUUACAUGACCAUCCUGCUGGUGCACCGCUGUGUGCGCGACGAGCACCGCUGCAGCAGCAAGUACGGAAAGGAUUGGAAGCGUUACACUGAUGUUGUGCCACGCCGACUCAUUCCUGGGGUGUUUUAGAGAGGGCGAGCAAAAGGGGAGGCGGGACUCACAGGGAUAGGGGCUACAUAGAUUCAAAAAUAGAAAUUGGAAUGUGUUGUGUGUUUUAUAUAUGUCUAGAAUAUAACAUACUGAACAUUUUACACUACACUUUGUACAUUAAAAAAAAAAAAUUGUAAAUAAGAGCUGGACACACUCUUUCAAAAAUAUGCAGGUACAGACAUUUAAGUGCUCUUUUUUUCCUGCCUCUUAAAGGCAGUUUGAUACACCAGUAUGCUGCUUCCGUUAUGAUGUGAUCACUUAACAUACUUAAAAACUAUUUCAAUGACAAUACAAUAUAUUUUUGGAGCUAGUAAGACCAAGCACAUCUUAAACCACCCAAAGCCAAAAUCAGGAAGAGAAGGAGUCAGUUCUCUAACACACAACAUUCUGUGACAUUCCCAUAAUGCACUUUGCCAUUUUGAUAAUCGUUUAUCAAGACACAACAUGGCUGAUUAUGCUUUCUAAAAUAUGAGGAUUUGAAGUUUCUCUGUUUUAUAUCUUUGUGAGUUUAACACCUUUUUGUUCCCUUGUCUGUUGCUCAUAAUCAAUGAUGAUGAUGUCACUUAGUUCAGGUAGCCAUGAUGGGGGCUUUUUUCUCACCAAGUCAUUUCAAAUGAAAAAAAAUCAAUAUAGACAAUAAUAUUGUGUUGCUGUCGAAGGGAUUAAUGGACCAAUGAGAUUAAGGGUUUCUCUGGCCUACCUCAUAAAAAGUGUCAUCUCUGUGUCGGAUUGCGACAUUUACGUUAGGUUGGGUAAAAGCACGUUUUAGCUUAUUCUGUGCUAAUUGAAAUGGUUUUGUGUUUGUCAAAACAUCAUAUGUCUGCUGUUUGAUAUUAUUUCUGUAUGCCAGCACUGCCUUUCCUAUAGCAACAUCAUUCACUUCAAAAGUUUGAUAUUUGGUUGAUUUAUUCUGUAUGAAUACAAGCAAAUAAAAAAGGAUUCAAGAUA